AUGGUGACAGGCUACGGGUCGAUCGCGCCGCGGACGGCGCUGGGCAAGGCGCUGACGAUGGGCUACGCGGUGCUGGGCAUCCCGCUGAUGCUGGUCUACCUGUCGUCGGUGGGCGCGCUGCUGUCGCGAUGCGUGCGCGGCGCCCUGGCGCGGACCCUCUGCUGCUGCCUCUGCUCCAACUGCGGCUACUGCUGCUACGACGAGGCGCGCAUGCAGGAGAAGGAGCGCCGCAUGCGCAAGAAGCGCAUGCAGCAGAUGGAGCUCAUACAGCAGCAGCAGCAACUGGAGCCGUUCUACGUGCGCUCGUCCAGCACGCACAACAACCUGCACUCGCCCGCUCGCGACGGCGACUUAGUCAAGGUGAAGCAACUUAAAUCACUUAAUGAAAGCAAGUGUUCCAUUCAUGGCCCCGCCAUCCUGGCGCCCGUGGCGCUCUGCCUGCUGCUGAUGGUGUGCUACAUCUGCGCCGGCGCCGCCGUGCUCAACCGCCUCGAGCACUGGUCCUUCCUGGACGGCUCCUACUUCUGCUUCAUGAGCCUCAGCACCAUCGGCUUCGGAGACCUCCUGCCCGGCUCUGAGAGUUGCGGACGCGACGCCAACGGCACCAUCUGGUUCUGCUCCAUCUACAUCCUGACGGGCAUGGCGCUGACGGCCAUGUGCUUCAACAUCCUGCACGACGAGAUCGUGCACCGGCUGCGGCACCACAUGGGGCAGAUAGCGCGGGAGGCGGCGGCGGCGGUGGAGACGCUGUGCAGCGGCGGGACGCCCACGUCGCUGUUCGCUCCGGGGGCGGACCUGGUGGAGACAGGGUCGCAGCAGCUGCAGCAGCCAGCGCCCGUGCUGGGGGGAGUGUACACAGUGCGCGAGGAGGACGAGUCGCAGGCGGACACUGCGGAAAUGUGA